GUGCCGGGAAGCGUAGUCCGACUACCCGCGUGAGCCUACCACUGCGCAUGCGCAACUGCUCUCUGCCGCUGGAUCGCAGGUCAGGAUGGCUUCAGGAAACGGAGACUUCGGGUCGGGGUCGCGGAUGGACCCGGGAGCACUCAUGGAGCAAGUUAAGGUGCAGAUCGCCGUAGCCAACGCCCAGGAGCUGCUGCAGCGGAUGACAGACAAAUGUUUCCGGAAAUGCAUCGGGAAACCCGGAAGUUCCCUUGAUAACUCUGAGCAGAAAUGCAUCGCUAUGUGCAUGGACCGGUACAUGGACGCCUGGAACACAGUCUCGCGGGCCUACAAUUCCCGACUGCAGAGAGAGAGAGCCAACAUGUGAUGUGUGGCAGCAGAGGGCUUCUGAACCCCAGCAUGGACUUAUUGGGGGAGGUUUCUAGGCUCAGGGAAGGAAUUGAUUCAGGCACCCACAGGAGGUGGUGCCAUGGGCCGGAGGUGCACAGGGCUUGAGGCCAGGGUUGCCUGGUGGCAAUUAAAAUGUAACUGUG